AUGGUCGCCGCGCAGAUGGUCGCGAUGGGGGAGCUCUUGGUCUUCGCGGAGAAGUGCGGCGUCGAUGGCGAGGUCGUGGUCAAGGCCAUCAAAGGGGGCGCCGCGCAGUGCUGGACGCUCGAUGUCAAACCCGAUCGCCUCCUCGCCGGGAAUCGGGACCCCGGGUUUAAGGCCGCCCUGCAGCUCAAGGAUAUGCAUAUUGUCAUGGAGUCCGCGAAGGAGUAUGGGGUGCCGCUGCCCAGUGCGGCCAUCCACACCCAGCUCUAUGAGUCGAUGGUGCGGUGUGGGGACGGCGAUCUAGACAACUCGGCGGUUGUCGGCGUGCUCGAACGUAUGGCAAAUGUCAAGAUAAGCGAGCCCAAGAAAAAAUAG